AUGUCUAUGGAUCAAGUUGUCCGCGACAAGAAUGACCCCAUCGAGGAGGAAGAGGACGAGGUCACUCCGCUUACGUUCUUGAGCUCUUCUUCACUGGUAGCGUCUCCGCCUGCUUUCGCCGUCUCUGGCAAGAUCGACCUGAAUCAUGUCGACGAACUGCAGAACCACGGUAUUAACGCUGCCGACAUCACCAAGCUCAAGCAAGCUGGUGUCUGCACCAUCAAGUGCGUCCAAAUGACAACCAAGAAGAACUUGUGCCGCAUCAAGGGAUUCUCAGAGGCCAAGGUCGAGAAGCUCAAGGAGGCAGCAGCCAAGCUUCACAACGCCUCUUUUAUUACUGGUCUCGAGUACAGCGUUCAGCGCAAGAAAGUCUUGACCAUCUCCACUGGCUCCAAGCAACUGGACGGGCUUAUUGGAGGCGGGAUUCAAACAAUGGCGAUCACGGAGGCGUUUGGCGAGUUCCGAACGGGCAAGACUCAGAUCGCGCAUACUCUCUGUGUGAUCGCUCAGCUCCCCCUCGAGAUGGGCGGAGGCAACGGCAAAGCUGCCUUUAUUGAUACCGAGGGAACGUUCCGUCACGAGAGAAUCAAGUCGAUCGCCGAGCGCUUUGGGAUCGACGCUGAAGCUUCCCUUGAAAACAUUCUUGUUGCUCGUGCCUACAACUCGGAGCACCAGAUGGACCUCAUCACCGAGGUCGCAGCACGAUUUGCCGAGGAGAGAGGCAUCUUUCGACUUUUGGUGAUCGACAGCAUCAUUGCCCUCUUCCGAACUGACUUUUCUGGUCGAGGAGAGUUGUCCGAGAGACAGCAGAAGCUGAACCAGAUGUUGAGCCGACUUGUCAAGAUCGCCGAAGAGUUCAACGUUGCUAUUUACUUGACCAACCAGGUCCAGUCAGAUCCAGGCGGAGGUCUCACCUUCGUCGCGGAUCCCAAGAAGCCUGUUGGUGGCCACAUCUUGGCCCAUGCUUCGACAACCCGCCUUUACCUCCGAAAGGGGCGAGGCGAAGAACGUAUCGCCAAGGUCUACGACAGUCCCGAUGUUCCCGAGGCUGAAGCCCCCUACGCCAUUUCUGCAGGAGGUAUCGUUGAUGUCAGCUAA